AUGGAUCCCUUCCGACGCCUCCCUUUGGAGAUUCGGGAAAUGAUCAUAUCGAAUUUAGAAUCCAACGAAGUUUUCUGGUGCCUUCGUCAAGCAUCCCCCGUUUUCUGGCGCGCAUCCCAGACCAGCAAGUUACUAAAAGCUUGGGACACCCUCCAAAAGGAGCUGGGCUACCACCAGUUUUCGCAAGUCUUGUUGCUUGUGAAAUACCCGAAGAUGGAGGAACCCAUUUUACAGGAUGAGCAUCCUUUUCUGAUGCCAGAUAUAUUCUUACGGGACCCGCUUUUUACGCCAGAGCAACAUUUGAUCUUCGAGAUGUAUGACAGGUACCAAGCAAUGCUCAACUGCUUUGCAUUGGGUCCUGCAUUGGUGCCUCUCUACAGGAAUAAAUACCCUGACCUCUGCCUUGGCAGGCUCAGCGAUUUCCUUGCCAAAUCUUUCGGAGAAAAUGGGGAACGACUUCCAAUUGUGAUGCCUCCGAUCAAGAACGACGGAAUCGGACGCCGGAUCAUCUAUUUUCUCCUUGCCAUCUAUCUGAUCGAACAAUGUCCAUCAGCCUUCGUGACAAGCCCGGGAGAGCCUCCGAAACAAAGAUCCAUAAAAGAAGAGCGUUCUUUUAUGCUUGUUGAUCACUGGCUGUUCAUGAUUCCAGGAAUGGUUUCAGGCGAUUUUGAAAGGUUUUGGGGCCUGCCAGAGCGAUCUGAAAUAGCAGAAGAUGAUGAUUUUUCGGAGCUGGAGGAGGAGGGGGAGGAGCAGAGAGAAGCUGAAGAAAUGGUGUUUAUCCAAUGCUAGUUUCGUUGUUGAACGCAAGUACGCCCAGCAAUUUUCUACCUGGGAUUUUGAGAUACCAUCGCGAUCCUAGAAGAUUCGAGGUCAUCGGGAGGAUGAGUCAAUAGCUAUUAAUCUCUAUGAUAAUUUCAAGC